UCACGUGUGGGGGCGCGCGGCGGCGGCGGGCGCGCGCAGCGCUUUAAAGGCGCGGAGGCGGCAGGAGCGGCUGCUCGGGCCCGGAGCGGACGGCGGGACCCGGCGGCAGCUCCGGCGACAUGUGCGGCGGACGGGGAAGCAUUUGGCUGGUUCUGGCCGCGGCGCUGCUGCACGUGUCCCUGCAAGGCGAGUUCCAGAGGAGGCUGUACAAGGAGCUGGUCAAGAACUACAACCCGCUGGAGAGGCCGGUGGCCAACGACUCGCAGCCGCUCACCGUGUACUUCUCCCUGAGCCUCCUGCAGAUCAUGGAUGUGGAUGAGAAGAACCAAGUUUUAACCACCAACAUUUGGCUGCAAAUGUCUUGGACAGAUCACUAUUUGCAGUGGAACAUGUCCGAGUACCCGGGAGUGAAGAAUGUUCGUUUCCCAGAUGGCCAGAUUUGGAAACCAGACAUUCUCCUCUAUAACAGUGCUGAUGAACGGUUUGAUGCCACAUUCCACACCAACGUCUUGGUGAACGCAUCUGGGCAUUGCCAGUAUCUUCCUCCAGGCAUAUUCAAGAGCUCCUGCUACAUUGAUGUGCGCUGGUUCCCUUUUGAUGUGCAGCAGUGCAAGCUGAAGUUUGGGUCCUGGUCCUAUGGAGGGUGGUCCCUGGACUUGCAGAUGCAGGAGGCAGAUAUCAGCAGCUACAUCCCCAAUGGAGAAUGGGAUCUCAUGGGAAUCCCUGGCAAGAGGAAUGAGAAGUUCUACGAAUGCUGCAAAGAGCCAUACCCAGAUGUCACCUACACAGUAACCAUGCGCCGCAGGACGCUCUACUAUGGUCUCAAUCUGCUCAUCCCCUGUGUGCUCAUCUCGGCCCUAGCUCUGCUGGUAUUCUUGCUCCCUGCAGACUCUGGGGAGAAAAUCUCCCUUGGAAUAACAGUCUUGCUUUCCCUGACUGUCUUCAUGCUGCUUGUGGCUGAGAUCAUGCCUGCAACAUCUGAUUCUGUGCCCUUGAUAGCACAGUACUUCGCCAGCACCAUGAUCAUCGUGGGCCUGUCUGUGGUGGUGACAGUGAUCGUGCUGCGAUAUCACCAUCAUGACCCUGAUGGCGGCAAAAUGCCCAAGUGGACCAGGAUCAUUCUUCUGAACUGGUGUGCAUGGUUCCUGCGCAUGAAGAGGCCUGGGGAGGACAAGGUGCGGCCAGCCUGUCAGCACAAGGCUCGCCGCCGCUGCAGCCUGGCCAGUGUGGAGCUGAGCGCAGGUGCCGGGCCACCCACCAGCAAUGGUAACCUGCUCUACAUCGGCUUCCGAGGCCUGGAGGGCAUGCACUGUGCCCCAACUCCGGACUCUGGGGUCGUGUGUGGUCGUUUGGCCUGCUCCCCAACACACGAUGAGCAUCUCCUGCAUGGUGCACACCCUUCUGAUGGGGACCCCGACCUGGCCAAGAUCCUGGAGGAGGUCCGCUACAUCGCCAACCGCUUCCGCUGCCAGGAUGAGAGUGAAGUGGUCUGCAGUGAGUGGAAGUUUGCAGCCUGCGUGGUGGACCGCUUGUGCCUCAUGGCCUUUUCGGUCUUUACCAUCAUCUGCACCAUUGGCAUCCUCAUGUCAGCCCCAAACUUUGUGGAGGCUGUCUCCAAAGACUUUGCGUGAUAUCACCACCUAGGAAAUGUACUGAUAGGGAAAGUAUCUGGAGGGUGAGACUUGGGGUCCUAACCCCAUAUAACAACUCUGAAGUAUCCGUGUAGCUGUCAGUCUUGAGACUUAGUUUCCUGGUUACUUUAACUAAAAAGAUAUCAGCACCCUUCUGUUUUUUCUUCUCACAAUUACCAUUGGCAUAUUCUUGCCUUCAGCAGGGUUACUAAGUGGUCAUUUGCCCCCUCUGGACAGCCCUGCAGGGUAUAUCUCAGUGGCUGUUGUUGGCCGGUAGAGGCCUGUCCAGUUGGUGUUGCAUGCCUGCAUGCCCCUUGUUACGGGCUCAAAUAAGAGUUUACUAUCUGCCUGUGCCAUGCACAGACCCAGGCUGAAACCAAUGCUGAGCAGCACUCACUGGGUCCAUUUCGACAACUUCCUUGUGAAAGGAAGGCAACACAAAUUCAAUUCUCUGCAGAGUUUUUUUGUGAUUUAACUUACCUCUUUUUCUUUAUUAAUGACCAACUUUUUACUACAGAGAAAGUUGGCCUUCUAAAUGAUGUUUUCAGCAAGCUGGUUCCUGUAGCUCUGUACUGAAAUUAGCACACUGGUUGUGUCAGUUCUAAACUAGGACUAGCCUUUGCCAAAAGCUUUUGGAAGCUGUGGUCCCUGUACAUAUCAAGCUUCAUGCUGUGCCCAUGUCCUGAGGGAUUACCUGAUUCUGUUUUACUGUGCAAAAGCUGAAGGGCAAAUAGAGUUCUGAGUGUUAACAAGGGAGUAGAUGAUGCUUCGCUAAACCAUUUGAUGUGUGUUUUUUAGAUAAGAGUUAUAACUGUAAUUAAUGAGGCAGUUCCACAUAAUUUAUCUGGUAAUCAAGAGAGGUUUAUUUCUGGGGUAACUUAAAGCCAACAGGGGUUGGUUACAGGAUCCGGGAGAGAUGAGGUACCAUCCAGUGGAGGACUUUGUCUUGGUUUCCCAUCCAGCUUCCAGGACUACGAGGUAUCCAGAAGGGGCAAGCAUAUACACCUUGAGUCUUAAGGGGCUCCCUCUCAGCCACGCCCCAGGGGCAGUUCACAGGCAGAUAUGGCAGUUACCUGCUAUCACUCUAGGGGCAGUGUUUCAAGGUCAAAACUGGGAGAGCUACCCACUACAGUGUUUCUUAGUUGUUCUGCAAGUCAGACUUCACUGGUCUUAGAAGUUUGUGCAUCUGUAUAACUGCACAUCACCAAAUGAAUAUAUCCCGUGGCUUUCCCUCUGGGCUACUGUGUGGCAGGAGCUGGAGCAAGGUGAUGUUGCUGGCAUCAGGAUUUGGCCUCCGGGGAGCUACCUUCCCAUGGCUUCAGGUGCAAAGCUGACUCAGGGUCAGUGCAUGGAUUCACUGGAGAUAGAUGAGGGGGUGUUGUUUGUAUGUUUUUCUCUUCUGAGUUAAGGUCUAGCUGUGUAACUCAUAGUGGUCUGUUUCCAUUUCACGUCUUAUUUGUUAAUGGGGUCUGAGGAUUCUUCACUAAGAAAAACCCUGUUCAAUUAUGUUGUCCAUUUUCUUGAAGCUUAAAACUAUACCAAGUGUCUGAGGUCCCCAAAAAAUUUAAUCUUCUGACUCCAGAGAUGGAAUCAUGAGGGAAGAUUAGAUUUCUCAGAACUCGAACAACAACAACAACAACAAAACCCACUUUUUCCUAGCUACUAAUUUUACUGCAGGAAGAUGAAGGCUUGGUGGUAGCCUCUGUGUGUGUGUGUGUGUGUGUGUGUGUGUGUGUGUGUGUGUGUGUGUGUGUAUGUGUGUGAGUGUCUGAAGAAAGGACAUAGUAUAAAGUGAUUUGGACAAAUCUGGAGACUUCGUUGAUUUUGGCACUCACCAUCUAGAGCAGGGUCAUUCCCAGCAUGCAUCUUUUACAUCCAGUAUCAACAAAUCAUGCACAAUAUUUUUUUUUUGCUGGUGUUAUUUUUUUUUAUUAAAGUAACUGGAAACAAAUAGGUGUGCUUUGAUACCUAAAGACCAGGCUUUGUGUCCUACUGUUAGUUAAAAAUUGAAUCCUAGCCUUUGCUUUGACUAUCUGAGUAAUUAUUGCCAUUAUAAAAAUAAUGGUAAAGUCUAGCUGUGCUAAUAGUUAGAAGAUGUAUAUGGUUCAAAAUUGUCUCCCCCUUGCUCCCAUUUCCUCCUAGGAACAGUUUUAGAGAAGAAGAAAGGAAAGAUGGGGACGGAGAGAGGGAGGAGAGCUUGGAGGGACGUUGUUGUUGCUUUCCUUGAACUCAUGCUUGAAAGGUGCUUUGCAUCUAGUGUUUUGUCCUAGAGAGUUUUCCGUAAUGACAUCUAAAGGUCUACCUCAUUCCUCUUACUAGCUGCUUAGCGUUCCACUCCAUUUGGUGGCUUACAAUUUGUUGGCUUAGCCUUUUACUGGUGAGCACGUAGCUACACUAUUUCCAGGUUUUAUUUUUAUACACAAGUGUGUAGUUAGCAUUUUGGUGCAUACUUUGCCAUAUUUUUGUGACUGUAUCUUGGUAUAAAUGCCAGUUUAGGAAUGGAAAAACUGGAUGUAAGACUAUGUGCAUUUAGACUUUUGAUAAAUAUUUCCAGAUGGUCCUCUGUGAACUGGAUAGCCCCACCCAUAGGACAGUUCAAGGGCCAGACUGUCAGCUUUCUGGUGUUAAAUAUUUUCAUAUUUAGUUUUUCCUUUCCCAAUCUGACUGGUAAAAAUGAUAAGGCAACAAUAUUCUGAUUUUAGUUCAUUUUACCAUGAGAAAGGUUGAAUUUUUCAAAUAUAUUUUGGUAAUUUCAAUUUUAUAUUUCUAUCUUUUAUACAAAUUUCAGUUUUUUAUUCUUUUAAUUUUUAUUUGGCAUUUGUUUCUGAUGCUGUUUAUUGAUUGCAUAUUUAUUGACAUAUAGAAAGUUUAAAACUCUAUGUUGCUAGUUUAUUCAUGUUUUCUUCUGUAGAACAUAAGACUGCCCUCUAGGUGGUCUUCCCCAUGUUGAGUUUACAAAUAAAUUGACUCAUAUUUUCUUUCUAAACAAUAUGUUCAUUUGUUCACCUUUAUAACUAAACCUAGUUGCUCUUCUCUGAGGGUGGUCACUGAUACACCAGGCGUAUAAUAAAGCAUUUCUGUAAUAUAAUGGGACUCUUCACUCUGUUCAGAUUGUCGCCUUCCGUGUAAAUUGACUUUCUUGAAGUGCUGUUCUGUUUUGUUGAUUAAUCUGCCUCGAUGCUGUUGAUUUCCAAAGCUUUAUUCCUAUUAGUAUUAAUAUUUUCAUGUGGAUUCUCUCUUCUGCUCCCUUCCUUUUAUUCUCUGUGUCUUAAACAUCUAACUGGGGUCACAACGGAUUCACAUAGCAGGUCUUCCUGUUUGGAAACUCCACAAUGUCAGCUUGUAUUCAGAUCUAAUUUUGUGUAGUCAGUAGGACUGUUGAGAAAAUUCCUACCAAUUUCUUGCUGUUUAUUUCUUCAUAACUUACCAAUUGGUUACCAUCUUCAGUUUGGUGGCAUUAAUUUUGUUUUCUAGCUGAAUGUGUAGGAAAGUAGUUUGAGUUUGUAUGUUAAUGUUAAUUGUCACCAUAAUUGUGCCAUUUUGUUUCUAAGGUUUUCUUUUAACUCAUCCUUCCCAAUAUCUUUGUUUUCUUUUCUAUCCAGUUGCACUUGAGAACAAUAAUUGGCUUGUUUGCAUACUUAUCUUGUUCUUAAUGUUGAUGGAUAUUUUAAUGACUCACAGUUUUACUUGUAUGAAGACAUUGUAUUUUCUUCAUCAUAAUAAAAAUUAUCUGUGUAUUCUCUCAA